AUGGCACGCCUUCCGUCUCCCGACCCCCAAGCCAAGGGCCUCAACGUCCUCAAGCAAUUCGCCCACGCCCCGGCCACGGCGAAGCACUGGGGCAGCAUCGGCGCAGCUCAAUUUAAAAACCUAGAACUUUCCAACAAGAACCGAGAACUGGCGAUCCUUCUCAGCACGGCAAAGUUCAGGUCGACGUACGAAUUCUCGCACCAUGUCCCGGGGUCGACCAAGGAGGGCGUGACCGAUGCGCAGCGCGAGGUUCUCAUCCAGGCGGGAAAGCAGAAGGGCUUCUUAGCAGGACAGGAGAGUUCUGAAAAAUUGAAAGAUCUGUUCACGCAGAAGGAGAGGGCGCUGCUGGUGUUCCUUGAGGCUGUCGUCGAGAGCCCUGAGGUGGAUGACAAGGUGUUUGCGGGCGCAAAGGCCGAGCUUUCGGAUCGUGAGAUUGUGGAGCUGGUCACCCUUCAGGGCUUCUACUACACUUGCUCACGUAUGACAACUGUUUUGAAUAUCGAAUUGGAUAGCUUCGCAACGCCGGCCAAGCUAUGA